AUGGCACGUUCCCCGACUCUUGCUCACCCGUAUAGCACUCUCUCCCUCUCAUAUAACUUCCAGGUCAUCCCUCUGAGCUUCAGCAGGAACCUGGACCGCUUCAACCCAAACAUCCCCGAGUGGAGAGCCGACAUCGGCCAGGUGGUCACCAAACUACUCACAAAGAUCACAGGUGUCCCUCAGGAGUCCCUGGUUACAGUGGUGAAUCCGGGCCUGCCCACCUCAGCCGACCUGUACGUCCUCCCGCAGGACAGCAAACCAGACAAGAGGAACAUGUUUGUAGAUAAGCGUAUCCCAGCCAUCAUGCAGGCCUUUAACAACAACAACGUCAGCUUCGUGGUGCGCGGGGGUCUCAAAGUGCUGGUGAUGCUAGCAGACCCAAACGCAGGUACUGUAAUCUUAAACGCAUAACGUCCUUAUGUCUCCUUUUAAACUCGACAGAUUCUGAUGUGUUUUUAAAUGAUAAUUGCACGUUAUUGAUUUAUUUCCAAGGGCUAGGUCUAAUUGCUAACGGCUCCACAGCUGCAGCGGCAGAGAAUGGUGCGUUCAUGAACUACACACCUGCAGCUUUCUGUCUGGGUGCACCUGACUUCACUACCCUUUGAUUGCUGA